ACCUUAAGAUAUUAUAAAGCUACUUAAAUAUUCAUAAUUGUCCAUAAUUGAUUUAUAAUAGAUUUUUUGUAUUAUUAUCAGGUAUUUGUAUUUAAAAAUCUCUUAACAUAGUGUUUAGUCUCUUCAUUAUAGGAAUAGAGGGCGCCCUCUAUCGGAAUAUAGAGCUACUGGAAUACUACUGUAAACUUUAUUUGAAGGAUUGAAUUAUCAUGUCUUGCCGCCUGAAUUAAGCAGUGUUGUUUAUAAUCGUAUUUUGAUAGAUUGAACAUGUCUUGCCGUCUGAAUUUAACAGUGUUGCUCAUAAUCGUACUUUGUGGAGAUGCAUGUUGCAGCACAUGUUUCUUUGGAGUUUGUUCAUGGGCGGAAUGGAAAACAGUUUCAACUAAUUGCGGAUCGUCAUACUGCAGUCAACAAAGAGCGAGACAAAUAUGUUGUUUAGAUAUUGGAUGGACUCAUGAGACGUGUAGUCGGUAUUGUCCGGGAUCACCAGAUAGUUCUCAGUCAGGGACCGGAGAUUCCAGUACAUUGACAUGUAAUCACUGCAGUAAUGGCGGGUCUCUUCAAUAUUACGGACGGGCAUGUGACUGUGUGCCAGGAUACUACGGAACUUGUUGCCAAUAUGAGAUAUACGAGUGCAGCAGUUCACCGUGUAAGAAUGGAGGCACAUGUAUAGAUAAAGUCAAUGGAUUCUUGUGCGAGUGUCCACCUAGACUCUAUGGAACAUAUUGUGAAACUGAUAUAUGCCAACCUUCUGUAGCUGAUAUAGUGUUUGUCCUCGACUCUUCUAUAAGUCAGACUGAGGAUCAGUUUAAACAACAGCUACAAUUCGUUGAAAAGUUUAUAGAUCAUAUUAUUAUUGGAGAGAAUAAUCUACAGGUAGGUCUGGUAACUUAUUCCACUGAGGCUCAUAUAGACAUUAAACUGAAUCAGUACCAAGAUAAUGCCGAGUUAAAAGAAGCCGUAAGAAAGGUACAAUACAAACCAGGUGCAACUUUCACUGACAAAGGAUUGCGAGCUGCAUUGGAGGUGUUUUGGAUGGUGUCUCAUAUCAGGCCGUAUGACAAGGUGGCUAAACGUUUCGUUUUUCUGCUGACGGAUGGCUUAUCGACGAACAAAGCAGAGACAGAGAAAGCCGCUGUAGCUGUCAAGGCAGCGGUUGAUAGAGUAUUGGCCAUUGGUAUAGGCCAAGAAGUCAGUCACAGUGAAUUACUGAAAAUCGCUUCCACUGACAACACGAACAAUGCAGGGAAAUUCGUCCACUCUGUUCAAAAUUUCAACGCACUAUACACAAUAGUACAACAGCUCGUGCAGCUCACGUGCGACGAAUGUUCGUGGAAGACCUCUUCUAAUAUUGUAUUUCUCCUUGAUACAUCCUACUCUAUGACAAACGAAGAUUUUCAGCUUGGGUUGGAUUCUAUAAAAUACAUCACAGAACAAAUUACUGUAACUGAGUCAGAGAACAAUACCGUGGACGUGUCACUUGUACUUUACGGUAACAAACUAGAAGUAAAGAGAGCAUUAAACGACCAAAGUCCAAAGACAGACUUUCUGUACCAACUUCAAACCCUUGAGUUAGCUGAGGGAUCUUGUAACAUUGGAGGUGAUGGGUGUCCAGAUGCAGAUCUUAGCCUGGCUUUGAACUAUACCGUACAAAACGUGUUUGAUCCCGAUACAGUUUCAACUAAUGACAGACGUGACUUUAUCAUUGUUCUCACCAAUGGUAGACAGAAUAUAAGUGAGACAAUAAACAAUGAAGUUGACUUUGUCAAGGGAACAGAUAAGACCAUUCUUGUUGUGUCGCUAGGCACUGCUGAACAUAUUAGGGACUUGCAAGUGCUAACUGACAACGUAGGUCUUGUGUUUACAGUCUUGGACAAAGAAAUGUUGUCUGUGUUAGAUGUUCUAGUUUCAGAAAUAUUUUACAAUACAUGUGAGCUCACAAACGAUUUCCUCAAUAACGAUUAAAAUGAUUAUGUAUAUUGGUAUUUUAUUCCUGUAAGCUUUUAAUAUCUUCCAUUCGCUUUAUUCGAUUGUGGUUCCCUUUUUUAAAAUGAAUUUUGCAGAUAACUCUGAGAAGAAAUCAUUGAUAUAAUGUUAUUGAUAGAUCCUUACUCUGACUUUGUAUUCGAAUAUAAAUAAAAGUAACCACACAAAUUGA